AUGAUUAAACAUUUUUUUUCAUUAUUUUUGUUUGUUCUAAUAUUUGAAAAUCUUGUAGAGUGUAUAAAAAAUAGAAAUAUUCAUUAUUUACACAUGCAUAAUAAUGCUAAUAAAAAUAAUUUUAAUGAAAAAGAAGCUACAGAAAUAUGUUAUAACUUAAAAGGGAACCAUAAUAUUUUGAAUGGUAAUCAUAGAAAUAGACAAAUUCCUUUAUUUGUAUCAAAAGGAACUAAAAUAUUUCAUUCUUUUUUUAAAAACAAUAAAUCUAAAUAUUUAGAUUUUCCAAAGAAUGAUUCUAGGAAUUCAUCAUCUUCAUUAAACUUUCAUAAUAGCUCUAACACGUUUGAAAACGCAUCAAGCAAUAAAAAAGAAAAUAUUCAAGACAAUUUUAAUGAAGCAUACUCUACUGAAAAUGGAAUUAACACAAGAUCUAAAAGAAAUGAAAUUAAAAAAAGUUUUUUAAGUAUUACAUCUAAUGAUAAUUAUAUUCAAGACAAUAUUAAUGAAAAUUACUCAAUUGAUGCAAUUGAUUAUAAUGACGAAUCUAUGAGUGAAUGCAACAGAAAUAUAUAUUACUUGGAACACUUGUCAGAUUAUAAUUCUAAUUAUAAUAAUGUUUAUAAUAAUAACACGAAAAAUAAUUCUAUACAAAAUUUAAGUAAAGGGGAAUUAAUGAAUCCUUCUCUUAGUAAAUCAAAAAGUGAUGUAUUAUAUGAUAAUUCAGAGAAUAUUUUGUCAAAUAAUGGAAUAAUAAAUAAGGUAAAUUUAAAGAAAAAAAAGAAAAAUUUAAAUAAAUUAUUUUAUAGUUUUAAGAUAUCUAAUAAUUUUCCAUUAUUAAAAAAAAAAAAUAAAAUUAAUAGUGACAAUAUGCAUUAUAACAAUAAUCAUAAAUGUACAAUUUAUUCAAAAUCGGUAAAUAGAGAUAACGUAACUAAAGAAGAUAUUUUAGAAGAAGAUGUAAAUAGUAAAGAAAAUAAAAUAUUGGACAAUUCUACAAACAAUGAUAAUAAGUUUAGUAUCUUAGAAGGAAAGGCAGAUUUUCUAACUUAUGAAGAAAAAAACAAAAUAAAAAAAAAAGCAUUUGAAGAAUAUGUAAAUUAUAUAAGUGAACGAAGAUAUCCCUAUUUUAAUUUUUUAAACAAUAAAAAUGAUAAAAUUAUAAAAAAAUUGUUAAUUGCAAAUAAUGGAAUGGCAGCAUUAAAAUGUAUUUUAUCUUUAAAAGAAUGGUUAUUUAAAAAUUUUUAUGAUGAAAAUUUGAUCAAAAUUAUAGUAUUAGCUACUGAAGACGAUAUUAAAAGUAAUGCAAAAUAUAUUUCUUUAUCUGAUAAAGUAAUAAAAGUUCCACCAGGAAAAAAUAUUAAUAAUUAUGCUAAUGUACCACUUAUAGUAAAUAUUGCAAAAAAAGAAAAGGUAGAUGCUGUUUGGCCUGGAUGGGGACAUAGCUCAGAAAAUCCCUUAUUAUCCACAUUAUUAGAACAAGAAAACAUAAUAUUUAUAGGACCUACUGGAAGGGUUAUGAAAGCAUUAGGAGACAAAAUAUCGGCAAAUAUUUUAGCUCAAAGUGUGAAUGUACCUGUUGUAAAAUGGAGUGGUGAUGAUAUUAAAAUAAAAGAUUUUGAGAAUAACAUUAGCGAAGAUAUAUAUAAUGAAGCUACUGUUCAUUCUUUAGAAGAAUGUAUAAAUGAAUGUAAAAGAAUUGGAUUUCCUGUUAUGAUAAAAGCAUCACAAGGAGGUGGAGGUAAAGGUAUUAGAAAAGUGGAAAAUGAAAACGAAAUUAAAAAGGCAUAUGAACAAGUACAAAACGAAUUGCCAAAUUCUCCAAUAUUUUUAAUGAAAGUAUGCAAUAAUGUUAGACAUAUAGAAAUACAAGUAGUAGGAGACAUGUAUGGUAAUGUUUGCUCAUUAAGUGGUAGAGACUGUACCACUCAAAGAAGAUUUCAGAAAAUUUUUGAAGAGGGGCCACCUUUAAUUGUUCCACCUGAUAUUUUCAGAGAAAUGGAAAAAUCAUCAAUACGAUUGACGAAAAUGAUUAAAUAUAGAGGAGCAGGAACUGUUGAAUAUUUGUAUGAUCAAGUAAAACAUGAAUAUUAUUUUUUAGAAUUAAAUCCUCGAUUACAAGUAGAACAUCCUGUAUCAGAAGGAAUAACUAACAGUAAUCUCAUUUCUAUUCAACUUCAAGUAGCUAUGGGAAUUCCUCUUCAAAAUAUAGAAGAUAUUAGAAAUUUAUACAAAAUUGAGGAAAAGACUAACAAAAAUUUAUUUCACAUAAAAAAGGAAGGAAGAAAUAAAUUUAAUGAAAAAAAUAUGUUGAAUAGCAAUUCUAAUAUUUCUGGAAUAUCUAAUAUUUCUAAUCUUUCUAAUAAGCCUACUAAUAUGAACGCAUUAAAAACAAAAAAUUUAGAAGAUGUUGAAAUUUUCGAUUUUUAUAAUAAUAGGCCUUAUGUAAAUAACUAUGUGAUCGCAGCAAGAAUUACAGCUGAAAAUAGUAAUGAUAGUUUUAAACCAACUUCAGGAAAAGUAAAAAGAAUAAAUUUUCAGAAUUCAAGCGAUGUAUGGGGUUAUUUUUCUAUUAAUAAUGGAUUUGUUCAUGAGUUUUCAGAUUCUCAAAUAGGUCACAUUUUUGCAAAAGGGGAGACUAGAGAAAUAGCUAGAAAAAAUUUGAUCUUAUCAUUAAGAAAAUUAAAUAUAGAUGGAGAAAUUAAAACCGUUACAAAAUAUUUGGCGAAAAUUCUAGAAUCCAAAGCUUUUAUUGAUAAUAAUAUAACAACAAAUUGGUUAGAUACUAUAAUAAAAGAAAAAAAAAAUGUAUAUUAUAACACCUACCAUAUAAUAAUAUUAUGUGCAACAAUAUUUAAGCUUAUUGCUUAUUUUAUGAGUGAAAAAGAAAAGGUGGAAGAUAACUUAAAUAGAGAUGAUAUCGGUAUAAAAGAAGAAAAUGGCAAUACAUUCAGCUUUAAAAAAAAAAUGAAAAAUCCCUAUAUUUUUGAUAUGGUAUUUGAAAAUGUGAAAUAUAGUUUUAAAGGAUUUAAUAUUGGUGAAAAUUUAUAUAAACUAGAAAUUAAUGGUCAGGAGAUAGAAGUAUUAGCAGAAUAUGAUAAAGAAAAUAAUAAAGUAUUUGCAAGUUUUCAUAACCAAACAUAUAUAUAUACUUGUUCAGAAGAUAGUUUAGGCAUACAUAUGAAUUUAGAGAAAGAUAAUAUAUAUAUUCCGAAAAUGAGUAAUCCAUUUCAUUUAAUAUCUAAUACUAAUGGAAAGAUAGUGAAGUAUUUAAUAAAUGAUGGAGAAGAAGUAAAAAAGAAUGAUGAUUAUAUUGAAGUAGAAGCAAUGAAAAUGAUUAUGACUUUUAAAUCAACAGAAACGGGAAUUUUAAGACAUAAAAAAUCAGAAGGAAGUAUAAUUAAAGUAGGUGAUUUAUUGGGAAUAAUAGAAAAAGGAGAAAGUUCAAAAGGGGAAGAAGAAAAUAAAAUUGAACUUUUUAAUGGUCAUUUAGAUUUAUCAAAUAAAUAUGCUUAUGAAUUAAAAGAUUCGUUAUUUUCUUCAGAUAGGAAGCAAAUUGAUGAAAAUAACAAUGCGAAUAGUGAUACGGAUAAUUCUUUUGCACAAAUAAAAACUCUAAAAUUAAACGAAGAAAAAAAUAAUACACCUUUAAAUGAAGAGCAAAGGGUAGCAGGAAGCAUAUCAAAUAAUGUUAAUAACUUACAUAAAAUAUUAACAAAAGGGGAUACAUUAUCUGUAAAAGGAAUAAACAAUUCAGAUGAUUUAAUUUAUGAAGAAGAAGAGAUAUCAUCUGGAGAAAAUAAAAAAAAAAGACUAUUUAUGAAACAAAAAAAGAAAAUAUUUCGAUUAUUUUCUCAUAAAAAUCAUAAUGAUAAAAAAAUAAUACCAAUGAAUUAUUUAAAUAAUAAAUUAAAUUGUAUGAAAACUUAUUUAACCAAUUUUAACGCACCCAAUGUUAGUUCAUUACCUAAUAAUAAUAAUGCAACAAAUAAUUCAGCUAACAGUGAUUUAAUAAAUAUUUCUACAAAUUAUAAUUCAAUUAAUAGUGAUUCUAUGAAUAAUUGGGUUAGUAAUAAUUCAAUAGAAAGUGAUUUGACAAAUAACCUAACCGCUUUAAACUUAACUAAUGAUAAUUUAUCGAAUAAUAAUUUAACAAAUGAUAAUUUAUCUUCUGAUAAUGCAACUAAUAACAAUAUAUCUAAUAACAAUUUAUCAUGUGAAAUUGUUUCUACUAGAAAUACAUCAAAUGAAAAAAUAUCAAAUAAUGAUACAUCCAAUGAAAACACAACAAAUAAUAACAUACCCAAUGAUAAUUCAUCAAAUGACAACUCAUCAAAUAGUUUCAAAUUGAAUGAUAAUGAAGCAUCUAGUAAUACAUCAAAAAAUAGCAAAUUUUUAUUAGAUAUACCCAACAUAAAAAGAAUAGAAUAUUUAUUAAAAGGUUAUGAGCAAAAUUAUGAGGAAUGUUUUAAAAAAUUAUUAAAAGAGGAUAAUUUUCUUCAUAACUCUAAUUACAUAUUAGAGAAAUUUAUAGAAUACAAUGUUUUAUUCUCGAAAAAAGAAAAUAUAACAGAAGUAGAAAUAUAUGAUAUUUUAUACAACAGUAUAAGUGAUAAAAAAAAACAGUAUGAAAUUAUUCAUGCAUAUACAUACAAUUAUUUAAGUAUACAGUUUGUAGAAAGGCUAUUAUCACAUUUAAUAAAUGUUAAAGAAAAUAGAUUACCAUCAUAUAUUUUAGAUAAAAUUAAAAUAUUAGAAACAUUCAAAGGAAAAUUAUUUGGAAAUAUAGUUUUAUUAUCAAUAUUAAUAAUUUAUAUAAAUAAGCACCAUGAACUUAAUGAACAUUUUAAAAGCAUACUAAAUUAUAAUACAAUUGAGGAGGAUAAAAAAAAGGAAUUAUAUACUUACAUGAAAAUUAAUAAUAUAAAUUAUACUAAAUUUGAAGAGUUAUUGAAUAAUAACAAUUAUGAAAAAAUAAUAGAGAUACUUUUGAAAGAUCCCAGCGAUAUUCAUAUGUUUGUUCCUUCCUUAUUCAAUUACAAGAAGAAUUACAUAUUUCUAGAAAUAUAUUUAAAAAAUUUAUAUAAAUAUUUUGAUAUUAAAACUAUAUGGGUUUCUAACAAUCUCUUGAAAUUUUCAAUAAAUAAUUCAAAAUUUGAUAAUAUUUUAAUUUUAAAUGAAAAAGAUACAAUAGAUAUAAAUAAUAUAUUAAAGGAAGAAUUAAAAAUUGAUACUCCUUUAAAUAAUAUACAUAUUAUAAAUAAAAAUAAUAAUUUUUUUAGUUCUCUUGGAAAUAAUUUUAAUAACCUAUUGAGAGAAUGUAAUAAUUUAUAUGUGUAUAACUAUUCCACGAAUAGUUACGGUGAUGUAUAUGAAUGGAAAAGCAAAGAAUCAGUGAACUUAACAAAUACAGAAAUUAAGGAGAACUUGAAUUUGUUACCUUUUGAAAAACAUGUAUUCUCUUUUGAAGAGAUUUUGAAAAAUUAUAAAAUACAGAAUAUUGUUGAAAAAAAGUUUAAUAAAACAAAGGUCUUCUUAGGUUUAUAUAAGAACGACAAUAAAAAUACAUCUUUAUUUGCUCAAAAGGUAAUCGAUAUAAAUGAUUUGAAAGAAUUAAAUAAAUACAAAAUUCAAAAAUUAGAAAGUAAUGAUAUGAAUGAAAAAGGAAAUGCAAUUAUAGAAGAAAAAAAAUUAAUUUAUACCUAUUUUAUGCUAGAAUUAAAAGAAUCAUUAAAUGAAAUAGAAAUGAAUAGAAUGAACUCAUUAGUUAAAGAUAGCAAAAUAAGUAGUUAUAUUAUAUAUAGUGUAAUAAUUGAUAAUAUUGAAGAAAUCAAUAAUAUUAAAGAUGUAUUCAAAAAAUUUCUUAAUAUAUACAAUGAACUAUUUAUACAAAACUAUGUUAAUGAUGUUUAUAUUAAAAUAUAUAGCAAACAAAGUGAAGAUAUAAAAUCGGGACCGAAAUUGAAAUUAGAGAAGUUAUUGAAAUUGCAUGUUCUUUUUGAUAAUGAAAAAAACAUUAUUGAAGAAGUAGAUAAUUACAACUUCAAAAUUGAUACUUUAUAUUUAAAAAGAAAAAGAGCAAGAGAUACUGACACAAUAUAUGCUUACGAUUUUAUUAAAUUAAUAAAUAUAUCCUUAAAUAGAAUGAAUAAAAAUUUAAAUGACAAUUUUAAUUAUAUUAAUAAUAUAAAAGAAUUUAAAUUAGACUAUAUUACUGAAAGAAGUCCAAAUGAAGUUUUUGAUGAAAGAAAAGAGAAUGUAAAUGAUAGUCCAUUAUUUGAGAAUUACGAUAAUUUAAGUGAUUAUGAAAUCAAAAUAAAAAAAUCACUAUAUUUAUCGAACAAAUUGGAUCUAGGGCAAAAUAAAAUGAGUGUUAUUGGUUUAUUGAUGAACAUAAAAACAGAUGAAUAUAGAAAAGGAAGAGAUAUAGUUGUUAUAUUAAAUGAUAUUACUACAUAUGGUGGAUCUUUUAGUAUUUUAGAAGAUGAGUUAUUUUAUGCCAUAUCAAGUUAUGCAAGGGAAAAAAAAAUUCCACGUAUUUACAUUUCUUGUAAUUCUGGUGCUAGGAUUGGUUUGUAUACUUUUUUAAUGGACAAAAUAAAAGUAAAUUGGAAGGAUGAAAACAAGAAGGAACUAGGUUAUAAUUAUAUUUAUAUAACUGAAGAUGUGAAAAAUAAAAUGGCAAAAGAGGACAUUGUAUUUUUAAGAGAAGUUACAGAAAAUAAUGAGAAGAGAUAUAUUAUUGAUGGUAUUGUAGGAGAUUUGAAAAAUCCUGUUGGUGUAGAAAAUUUAAGAGGCAGUGGAUUAAUUGCUGGAGAAACAUCAAAAGCUUAUGAAGAAAUUUUUACAUUAUCUUAUGUUACAGGUAGAAGUGUUGGAAUUGGUGCAUACUUAGUAAGACUUGGUAAAAGGACAAUUCAGAAAAGAGGAUCUUCUCUUUUAUUAACUGGUUUUAAUGCAUUAAAUAAACUAUUAGGUGAAAAGGUUUACGUUAGUAAUGAACAAUUGGGAGGUGUAAACAUUAUGAUGAGAAAUGGAAUUUCACAAUUACAAGCAGAAAACGAUCAAGAUGGAGUAGAUAAAAUUAUUAAAUGGUUAUCUUAUGUGCCUAAAACAAGUAAUGACUAUUAUGAUAUUAUUGAAAGAGAACAAGAAGAACGUGGAAAUGAAAAAUAUAAAUAUCAUUCAGCGUCCACAAAAGCUUAUGAUAAUUUUGCAAGUAGUGAAAAUGAAAAAAGACAUAUGGAAAAAAAUGCUAACAAUCUAGAUGAAAAUAUAUCAAAUAACAUGGAAGAAACCUCUGAAAAAAAUAAGGUAAAUACUGAAUAUUUGAGACGUGAGAAUAAAAAAAAUAUUAAGUUUGUGGAGCCAUUAUAUAACGGAGAAAAUAGUAAUAAAUCUUAUAUUAAGAUUAAUGAUAUUGAUGCAGAUUAUAUAGAUAAUGCAAAUAUCGUCGAUUUAAUAAAAGGGACUGAUACAAAACAAGGAUUCCUAGACAAAAAUAGCUAUUUUGAAUAUAUGAAUGAAUGGGGAAAAGGUAUCAUAACAGGGAGAGGGAAAUUAGGUAAUAUACCAGUUGGUUUUAUUGCUGUUAAUAAAAAUUUAGUAACACAAAUUGUUCCAUGUGACCCAGUUCUAAAAACAAAAUCAGUAAAAUCUCCUCAGGCUCCUUGUGUUUUUUUUCCUGAUAAUUCAUAUAAAACUGCUCAAUCUAUUGAAGAUUUUAAUAAGGAAAAUUUGCCUUUAUUUGUUUUCGCUAAUUGGAGAGGUUUUUCUGGUGGUUCCAUGGAUAUGUUCAAUAGUAUUUUAAAAUUUGGUUCUAUGAUAGUUAAUCAGUUAGUUAAUUAUAAGCAUCCUGUUUUUGUUUAUAUACCAAUUUUUGGAGAGUUAAGAGGUGGUUCCUGGGUAGUUGUUGAUGAAACGUUGAAUAGUCAAAUUAUUGAAAUGUAUGCAGACACAACUAGCAAGGGUGGUAUAUUAGAACCUCCUGGAAUUGUUGAAAUUAAGUUUAGAUUUCCAGAAAUUAGAAAAUUAAUGCAUAACAUUGAUUCUUCAAUAAUAGAGUUAAAUCAAAAAUUAUUAAAUGCUCAGGGAGAGGAAAUAUCUAAAAUAAAAAAAGAAAUAGAAGAAAAAGAAAAAGAACUUUUACCAUUUUAUUUACAAGUAUGUCAUAAGUAUGCAGACUUACAUGAUGUGUCUACUUGUAUGAAAUCAAAAGGAGUAAUAAAAAAAAUUGUCCCAUGGAAAAAAGCUCGUUCCUUUUUUUAUUAUCGCUUACUAAGAAGAUUACUAAUAAAAAUAUUAAAUAAAAAGUAUGGUAACUUAAUUAAAUCAGAAGAAAUAAAGAAUAUUAUAGAUGAUAUUAGCGUAUCUGAGGAAGAUGACUAUGAAGCUUGUAGAAAAUUUCUAAAUGAAAACACUUUGAAAAAAAUAGAGCAAAUAUCUAAUGACAUAUUAUACAAAAAAACUUUAAAUAAUUUUUACAACGCCUUUAAAAUUCUCUCACAAGAACAAAGAACACAACUCAUUAAUCAAAUUAAUUCAUAUAAAUAA